AUGUCCCCGGGGGACAACCGUUCGCAGGAGGUGACGGAGUUCGUGCUGCUAGGCUUCCCCGGCUCACACGGGCUGCACCUGGGGCUGCUGCUGCUCUUCCUGCUGGCCUACGUGCUGACCAUCUCGGAGAAUGUGGUGAUCGUGGCGCUGGUGUGGGCCAGCCCCGCGCUGCACAAGCCCAUGUACCUGUUCCUCAGUCACCUGUCCUUCCUGGAGGCCUGGUACGUGUCAGUCACCGAGCCCAAGAUGCUGCUGGGCCUGGCCGCCGCCCGCUUCCGCCGCAUCUCCUUCCGCGGCUGCAUGGCCCAGCUCUACUUCUUCCUGGCGCUGGCCUGCACCGAGUGCGCGCUGCUGGCCGUCAUGGCCUUCGACCGCUACGUGGCCAUCUGCAGCCCGCUGCGCUACCCGGCCGUCAUGGGCCCGCGCCUCUGCCGCCUGCUGGCCGCCGGCUGCUGGCUGUCCGGCUUCGGCAUCUCGCUGGGCAAGGUCUUCUUCAUCGCGCGUCUGGGCUACUGCGGCCCCAACGCCCUCAACCACUUCUUCUGCGACGUGUCCCCGCUGCUGAACGUGGCCUGCUCGGACAUGUGGGCGGCCGAGCUGGUGGACUUCCUGCUGGCGCUGCUCAUCCUGCUGGGGCCCCUGCUGCUCACCGGAGGCUCCUACGCGGCCAUCGUGGCCGCGGUGCUGCGGAUCCGCUCGGCGGCCGGCCGCCACAAGGCCUUCUCCACCUGCGCCGCUCACCUGGCCGUGGUGCUCGUGUUCUACUCCGCCUCCCUGUUCAUCUACGCCCGGCCGCGCGCCAUCGGCGCCUUCGACUCCAACAAGCUGGUGUCCGUGGUCUACACGGUGCUCACGCCUCUGCUCAACCCCGUCAUCUACUGCCUGCGCAACCGCGAGGUCAAGGAAGCCCUGCGCCAGGUCCUGCGGAGGGCCCACGCCCUUCCGCACGCUGGCCGGCCGGCCCGGCUCUCCGUGGCGCCCCGGCAGGGACCCCACCCGUAG